AUGUCCAAAUAUGACCGCGCCCUUGAGGCAAUCGACCUCGCUCACAAAGACGAUCCUAACAAAACAUCAACCGAUACCCCCUACGAACUCCACUACGCCCAAAAAAUGACUACAUACCUCAACCGCCUAGACCCCUCCGCCUCCGACCUCCUUCGCCUCGCUAUCCGCGCUCAGCACCUCCGCCGCUGGGAGACCCCGCGCACAUCCUACCCCGCCACCAAGAUUGGGUACCACUCCUGGCGCGGCGCGCUGCAGCGCACACAAGCUGCGCUGGUGGAGAAGAUCUGUGUUGAGGCGGGAUAUAGCGCCGAGGAGGCGGGGCGAGUGGGUGCUAUGGUGCGCAAGGCGGAUUUGAAGAAGGGGGAUCCGGAUACACAGACCUUGGAGGAUGUGGCUUGUUUGGUGUUUUUGGAUGAUCAGUUUGAUCAGUUUGAGAGGGAUAUUGCGGAUGAGGAGAAGAUUGUGGAUAUUUUACGGAAGACCUGGGGGAAGAUGUCGGAGGCUGGACGGGCGGAAGCGUUGAAGAUUGAAUUGUCGGAGAGGGGGGCGGCGUUGGUGCAGAAGGCUUUGGCAGGGUGA